ACUCUGCAGAGAAGAUGGAGCUGGAAGAAGACCUGGCGUCUGGACCAGAGGAAAAGGAACGACAACAGAGAAGACGUCACUCAGGUUUAACGGUGAAGAAUUGUGGCUGGAAGAAAUGGUCAGGACGGUCCGGACCAGACGAACGACGCUGAUCAGAGAAGACGUCACAUCUCUUUUACAUAUUCCAGUGAAAGCAACAAGCAGAAAAUGUGACACUAUUUAUAAAGGAUUUGCUGACUGUCUUAUCAGUCUGGGAGAUAGCAUGGCUCAAAAUGUCCAGCAAUCCAAAGUAAAUGAAGAGCUUGAUGAUGCGGAAGAGCUUGACUCCAUAUGCAAGUCCUGGGAUGAAUUUCACAAGUGUGCAAGCAGUGUCCUGAUUAAUUGUCCUGAAGAUACAGCUGCCAUAUGGGAAUCUCUAAGACAGGAGUCAAGGAAAAUCCAGUACCAGGGCAAUUUACAUGACCUGUGCACUUCCAGGAAUCAGCCUCCAAAUAGCAUGGGGGGCAUGGAUACUGGCGAAACAAACAAAGAAACCCUCAGAGGUUUAGCAUCCAUGGUACACCAUAGCCUACUACCAACUGUUAUUGCUCCAGUACUGGUUUGGAUUGCAACUGAAAUAGUAUUAUAACUGUUGCAACUCUAAAAAUAAAGAGAGAUUUGUCUACAUAUUGCAAACAUAAUUUUCAACUAUAUUUUUCUAACCCUUUAUACUUAAAAAUAUGAAUUCAAACUUGGACAUUAUUUAAAAUUCUGUGCUGAAAACUUUCUCAUUAUAUCGUUGUAGUGGUUGUAGAUCCUUUUUCCAUUUCUGAGCUCUAAAUCUCCUUGUUAUUUGCUUCCUUUAGCCACCUAGAUAUAAUGUAGAUAAUA